AGACAAAGCAGAUCAAUGAAAGGGCGGAUAACACGACAGACAGUAUUAGGGACUUCCCUCUUUCAAAAAAAAAUACUGCUGCUCCCUCCCGCCAAUGAGCUAUGCAGCUGCUUCCUGAGGUUUCCUGCCUGCCCCCUCCACAUCCUUGCCUAUAUAAACCCUGACUCUGCCUUUCCUCUGCACUUCUGCCUUGUAUCUGAAUCCUCAACGUCAGUCGAAGGACCAGCAGACAAAAUGCGUGAGUGUAUUUCCAUGCACGUCGGCCAAGCCGGAACCCAGAUGGGCAAUGCAUGCUGGGAGCUGUACUGUCUGGAACAUGGGAUCCAGCCUGACGGACAGAUGCCCAGUGACAAGUCUAUUGGAGGAGGAGACGACUCCUUCAAUACCUUCUUCAGUGAGACUGGAGCAGGAAAGCACGUUCCCAGAGCCAUUUUUGUCGACCUGGAACCUACUGUCAUCGAUGAGGUGCGUACAGGAAUCUACCGCCAGCUGUUCCACCCUGAGCAGCUGAUUACAGGAAAGGAAGAUGCAGCCAACAACUACGCCCGUGGACACUACACCAUCGGCAAGGAGAUUAUUGAUCUGGUUCUGGACAGGACUCGUAAACUGGCUGAUCAGUGCACUGGCCUGCAGGGAUUCCUGAUCUUCCACUCCUUUGGUGGAGGCACUGGCUCAGGUUUCACCUCCCUGCUGAUGGAGAGACUCUCUGUUGAUUACGGAAAGAAAUCAAAACUUGAAUUUGCCGUCUACCCGGCCCCCCAGGUCUCCACCGCAGUGGUGGAACCUUACAACUCCAUCCUGACCACCCACACCACCCUGGAGCACUCCGACUGUGCCUUCAUGGUGGACAACGAGGCCAUCUACGACAUCUGCCGCAGGAACCUCGACAUCGACAGGCCGACUUACACCAACCUGAACAGGCUCAUUGGCCAGAUCGUGUCUUCAAUCACAGCCUCUCUUCGCUUUGACGGAGCCCUGAAUGUUGACCUGACAGAGUUCCAGACCAACUUGGUGCCUUACCCUCGUAUCCACUUCCCUCUGGCCACAUAUGCCCCAGUCAUCUCUGCAGAGAAAGCCUACCAUGAGCAGCUGUCUGUUGCUGACAUCACCAACGCCUGCUUUGAGCCAGCCAAUCAGAUGGUGAAGUGUGAUCCUCGUCACGGUAAAUACAUGGCCUGCUGUCUGCUGUAUCGCGGUGAUGUGGUGCCCAAAGAUGUCAACUCCGCCAUCGCUGCCAUCAAGACCAAACGCACCAUCCAGUUUGUGGACUGGUGCCCAACAGGCUUCAAGGUGGGCAUCAACUAUCAGCCUCCAACGGUGGUUCCUGGAGGAGACCUGGCCAAGGUGCAGAGGGCCGUGUGCAUGCUGAGCAACACCACAGCCAUCGCUGAGGCCUGGGCCCGUCUCGACCACAAGUUUGACCUCAUGUACGCCAAGAGGGCCUUUGUCCACUGGUAUGUUGGGGAGGGCAUGGAGGAGGGAGAGUUCUCAGAGGCCAGAGAAGAUAUGGCUGCCCUGGAGAAGGAUUAUGAAGAGGUUGGCACUGACAGCAUGGGAGAUGAGGAUGAAGAGGGAGAGGAGUAUUAAAGGGCCAAACAUCAUCCGGGCUUUACUAUCACAUAUUCCAAAAGUUAUCAUGAAAUGCCACACAUUCCCAACACUUUGAUAAACUGUGGUCGGUGAUCAAUAUCAGUAUUAUCAAUAAAAUGUUCUCAUGAACCU